ACCUGCCGAGCAUUUCCAGCAACUCCCUCAGACCCAGAAGCCUCUUUGUCAGAACCAAAACCAGAAAAUGAGCAAAGUGAGUGGCGGGUCCAGAAGAACCAGGGCAAGGAGGCCAAUGAGCAACCGGAGAGGAAGGCGCAGCCAAAGUGCAGCUCACCGUAGCCGUGCUCAGCGCCGCAGGAGGAGAACCGGUACCACUAGACGGGCCAGAACCAGUACAGCCAGACGGGCCAGAACCAGAACAGCCAGAAGAUCUGAUCUCACCAGAAUGAUGGCAAGAGACUAUGGCUCAGAUUAUCGCAGUUAAACCACUGAGGAGCCUGCGGGGUCCCCACUCCCAUGAGCCAUGAGACGCUGUGAUCUGCUGCUGUGGCUGCUGCGCAACAUCCAAAAUCCACAUCAAUGAAAUCACCUCUGUUCCCCACCAAACAGCACAAAUAAAACUGACAAA